AUGGCCCCCGGCCUCGUCGAGCCCGCCGUCUCCGCCCCCUCGGCCUCCGCCCUCGCCUCCGCAACUGCCGAGUACGAUGACACCCUGCGCUUCUACCUCAACGGCACGCGCGUUGUCCUGGAUAGUGCCGACCCGGAGGUUACGCUGCUCGAGUAUCUGCGCGGCGUCGGCCUGACUGGCACCAAACUUGGCUGCGCUGAGGGCGGCUGUGGCGCCUGCACCGUUGUAGUUUCGCAGUGGAACCCGACCACUAAGUCGAUUUACCAUGCCAGUGUGAAUGCCUGCUUGGCCCCGCUGGUCAGCGUCGACGGCAAGCAUGUCGUGACGGUUGAGGCGCUCGGAGACUCCAGCAGACCGCACCCGGUGCAGGAGCGAAUUGCGAAGAUGAACGGAAGCCAGUGCGGCUUCUGCACUCCGGGAAUUGUCAUGAGUCUAUACGCCCUCCUGCGGAACAAUCCCGAUCCUUCCGAACACGAUGUCGAAGAAGCCUUCGAUGGCAACCUCUGCCGCUGCACAGGGUACAGACCUAUUCUGGAUGCAGCGCAAAGCUUCAGCACGAAAGGUCUGUGCGGCAAGGCAACGGUCAACGGCGGCGGCGGCGGCGGCUGCUGCAUGGAAAAGACGAACGGUGCGAACGGGGGCUGCUGUAAGAAUGGCACAAACGGCACGAAUGGUGCGAAGAAUGGCGAUGCGCAGCCGGUCAAGCGUUUCACGCCCCCGGGCUUCAUCGAGUACCAGCCGGAUACUGAACUCAUCUUCCCACCCGCGUUGCGGAAACACGCCUUUAGACCGCUGGCUUUUGGCAACAAGAGGAAGAGAUGGUUCAGGCCAACUACUCUGCAACAACUGCUAGAGAUCAAGAGCGCUUACCCGUCGGCCAAGCUCAUCGGUGGAAGCACCGAGACGCAAAUCGAGGUCAAGUUCAAGAACAUGCAAUAUACAGCCUCUGUGUUUGUGGGCGACAUCCCUGAACUGAGACAAUAUGCCUUCAACGAUGAUCACCUUGAGAUUGGUGGAAAUGUCGUUCUCACAGACCUUGAGACGAUCGCCAAGGAAGCCCUACAGCAUUACGGAGAGACCAGGGGCCAGCCGUUUGCGCUGAUUCUCAAACAGCUCAAAUACUUCGCCGGCAGGCAGAUCCGCAAUGUGGGCACUCCUGCGGGAAACCUCGCUACUGCAUCGCCCAUUUCGGACUUGAAUCCCGUUUUCGUCGCCACGAGGGCGACACUGAUCGCCAAGAGUUUGAACAAGAUCACCGAAAUUCCAAUGGCUGAGUUUUUCAAAGGAUACAGAACGACUGCGCUUGCCCCGGACGCCGUCAUUGCCAGCCUGCGGAUUCCGGUUGCUAAGGAGAAGGGCGAGUAUCUGCAGGCUUUCAAGCAGGCCAAAAGGAAAGAUGACGAUAUUGCAAUAGUCAACGCUGCUCUACGCGUCGAAGUCAGCGAUGCCUACACGGUUGACUCAAUAGACCUCGUCUACGGCGGCAUGGCGCCGACUACCGUCGCCGCGAAGAAAACGAGCGAGUUUCUCCAGGGCAAAAAGUGGACGGAUCCGCAGACCCUCGAGGGUGCCUUUGGCGCAUUGGAAGAGGACUUUGAUCUACGCUUCGGAGUGCCCGGCGGCAUGGCAACGUACCGGAAGACACUCGCGCUCAGCUUUUUCUACAAAUUCUACCACGAGGUCCUCGCCAAGCUCCAAGCGGAAGAGGUCGAGGUCGACAAGCAAGCCAUUGGGGAAAUCGAGCGCCAGAUCUCUUUUGGUAAGAAGGACCACGGAGCCGCCGAGAAGUACGAGCAGAAGAUCCUGGGAAAGCAGCGUGAACAUGUUGCUGCCAUGAAGCAAGUCACUGGUCAAGCACAGUACACGGACGACAUCCCCGCCCAGAAGAACGAGGCUUACGGUUGCCUGGUCCUCUCCACCAAGGCACGUGCGAAGCUCCUCAGCGUGGAUCCUUCACCUGCACUCGACCUGCCUGGCGUCAUGGACUGGGUUGACCACACUGACCUACCCAAUGCCAAGGCGAAUUGGUGGGGGGCUCCUGUAUGUGAUGAAGUCUUCUUCGCCGUCGACGAGGUUUUUACUGCUGGUCAGCCGAUUGGCAUCAUCUUGGCCGAUUCCGCCAAGCACGCUGAGGCUGCAGCCAGGGCGGUGAAAGUUGAAUACGAGGAGCUUCCCGCCAUAUUCACCAUUGAGGAAGCCAUUGAACAGGAGAGUUUUUUCGAGCACUACAGGUUCAUCAAGAAGGGAGAUACCGAGGCAGCUUUCGACAAGUGCGACCACGUCUUCACCGGUGUUGCACGCAUGGGCGGCCAAGAGCAUUUCUAUCUCGAGACCAACGCAUCCAUUGCCAUACCGAAGCCCGAGGACGGUGAGAUGGAGAUCUGGAGCAGCACGCAAAACCCAACCGAGACGCAAGCCUACGUCGCUCAAGUCACCGGUGUCGCUGCUAACAAGAUCGUUGCCAAGGUCAAGCGCAUGGGUGGUGGCUUCGGAGGCAAGGAGACCCGGUCGAUUCAGCUUGCGGGCAUUGUUGCCACGGCUGCAAAGAAAUGCAAACGUCCAGUGCGCUGCAUGCUGAACCGUGACGAGGACAUCUUAACUUCUGGUCAGCGCCAUCCUUUCCUGGGCCGGUGGAAGAUCGGCGUGAACAAAGAUGGCAAGAUUCAAGCGCUUGACGUGGAUAUCUUCAACAACGGUGGGUGGAGUCAGGACCUUAGUGGUGCCGUCGUGGACAGGGCGUGCUCUCACGCAGAUGGCGUCUACCGCAUUCCAAACGUCUACGUCCGCGGAAGGGUUUGCAAGACCAAUACGGUUUCGAACACCGCCUUCCGUGGCUUUGGCGGGCCGCAGGGUAUGUUCAUCGCCGAGAGCUACAUGGAAGAGGUCGCCGAUGGCCUGGGAAUGCCCGUGGACGAGCUCCGCAAGAUCAACAUGUACAAGCCUGGCGACCGCACUCACUUCGAUCAAGAGCUGAAGGACUAUUUUGUGCCGCUCAUGUACAAACAGGUUGUCGAUGAGUCGGAUUACGAACGUCGCCGCAAGGAGGUGGAUGAGUUCAACCAGACGCACAAGUGGAACAAACGCGGUCUCUCUAUCAUCCCGACCAAGUUUGGCAUCUCCUUCACCGCAUUAUUCCUCAACCAGGCCGGCGCACUGGUCCACAUCUACCACGACGGAUCGGUGCUGCUGGCGCAUGGCGGCACGGAAAUGGGCCAGGGCCUGCACACCAAGAUGACGAUGAUUGCGGCAGAGGCGCUCAGUAUUCCGCAGGACAGCGUCUUCAUCUCCGAGACCGCCACCAACACCGUCGCAAACACCUCCUCCACUGCAGCAUCUGCGUCGUCAGACUUGAAUGGCUACGCGGUUUGGAACGCGUGCCAGCAGUUGAAUGAGCGCCUGGCGCCGUACAGGGAGAAACUCGGGCCCAAUGCCACGAUGAAAGAGCUCGCCCACGCCGCCUACUUCGACCGUGUCAAUCUCUCCGCCAACGGCUUUUACAAGACACCGGACAUUGGCUAUGUUUGGGGUGAGAACGUAGGACAGAUGUUCUUCUAUUUCACACAGGGCGUUGCUGCUGCGGAAGUGGAGAUUGAUACGUUGACGGGCGAUUGGAGCUGUCGCCGUGCCGAUAUCAAGAUGGACGUCGGCCGCUCCAUCAAUCCGGCCAUCGAUUAUGGCCAGAUUGAAGGCGCAUUCGUGCAAGGCCAAGGCCUUUUUACCACCGAGGAGAUGCUAUGGCAUCGGGCAUCCGGUCAAAUCUUCACCCGUGGUCCCGGCGCGUACAAGAUCCCUGGCUUCAGAGACAUUCCGCAGGAGUUCAAUGUCAGCCUUCUCAAGGAUGUGAAUUGGGAGAACCUCAGAACCAUCCAAAGAUCUAGGGGUGUGGGUGAGCCUCCGUUGUUCUUAGGUUCGUCGGUGUUCUUUGCCAUUAGGGACGCGCUGAAGGCGGCGAGGAAAGAGUUUGGGGAGGACAGCUUGCUCAGUCUGCAUAGUCCCGCCACAGUGGAAAGGAUCAGAGUGAGCUGCGCCGAUCCGAUCGUGCGGAGGGCAAAGGUCGAGCCGCGAGAGGGUGAAAAAAGUUUCUUUGUUAGCAUCUGA